AUUCAGAUAAACGCAAAAUUGCCGCACCAGCUCGACCUUCUCUUCGGCGGACGACGGCGAGAUGAGAUUGAGCCAGUUGCGGAAGAGAGAAAAGCGAGAAUGACCGCAUGGCGCUCUGUUUAUUUGGAAACGACCUUCCAUGUACUCGGAUGGAUGGCGUUCUUCAGUUGGACCAUCUGCUUCUAUCCUCAGGUCCUCCUCAAUUUCCAUCGUAAAAGUGUGGUGGGUUUGAACUUCGAUUUCGUGGUGCUAAAUUUGACCAAGCAUUCGUCUUAUUUGAUCUAUAAUGCGGCGCUCUUCUUCAGUCCUGAAAUCCAGAGGCAGUAUCAUGAGAAGUAUGGGUAUGGGGAGAUGAUUCCUGUAGCAGCCAAUGAUGUUGCUUUUUCAAUACAUGCUGUUUUAGCGACGUGCUUCAUUUCUUCUCAAAUUCUAAUAUAUGAGCGUGGGAAUCAAAAGGUCUCAAAGAUUUGCAUGUUGGUCAGUUCUGCUGCCUGGGCCAUUGUUUUAGUUUGUCUGAUCAUAUCCUGGCCCAAGCAUUCGUGGUUAUGGCUUAUUUCAGUGGUUAACACAAUUCAAGUCGCAAUUACGGCAAUCAAAUACAUGCCCCAGGCUUUCAUGAAUUUUAGCAGCAAGAGCACAAUUGGCUGGAGCAUUGGGUUUGUAUUACUUGACCUAUCUGGAGGCCUACUAAACUUCGCUCAAAUGUCCAUGCAGUCUAUAGACCAAGGUACAAUGAUAAACUUCUAUGGCAAUCUGGGGAAGACAUUGCUUUCUCUGGUAGUCGUAUUUUUUGAUCUUCUCUUCAUAAUUCAGCAUUAUCUGCUCUAUCCUACGGCGAAGAACGAAACCAAUCAAAUACUCAUCGAAGAGGCUGUCGCCCCCCUCAUCGACUCACCUGAGAAAUCCCAGGAGAAUGCUUGAUAAGAAUGUUCUUUCAACUUCUCCAUCAGAGAUGGGCUGUAAAUAGGUUAAGAAAUUUACUAGCAUAUAAUAGGCAGUUUCAUAGUAGUCUCAAGUUAUCAUCAAAGGACUUCAUAGCAUAUUAGUGUUCAAAUGUCAAUAUAGACUUCGUUUGGGAUGGUUUUUUUAUUGCUUUUUAAAGCAGUUUUUUUAGCUUUAAAAAACAAUAAUAAAACCGUUCCAAACGAAGCCAUAAUUAGUGUCGACAUGACCAUAGAUCUAAUAUGAUAUUUUAUUGACGGUUAUGGUGGUGGAUAAAAUAUUUUGGGUAUAAGGCUGGAAGUGUGUGAAAAAAAAUUAGCUUCCAGGUUGUUGGUUUGUAAGAAAUCUUGAAUUGCGAUGAAUGUAAAUUGACAAACUGAAGUAGUUCUAAUUGGUUUCAGCGAGUCAA